UUGCAGGUUAUGUGAAGACAAAAUGGUGGCAGCAACUAAUCAGCAAGACAAUGUUCAGCUAGCAUCCGUUUCUAAUGCUGUCGUUGCUGAAGCAAACAAGGAUUCUUUGUCGAUUGAGGAUGCAGCACGCUUGAGCCAGAAACAGAAGACUGUGGAGUUAUACGAGGAGACAGGUUAUAAAGGGAAGAAGCGAAGGAUUACUUGGACAAAUAAAAUGCAUCAGAAAUUCUUGGAUGCAAUUGAAAGACUGGGAUAUGACAAGGCGGUUCCUAAGAGAAUAGUUGAAGUUAUGGGCGUCCCCGGGCUUACCAGGGAGAACGUUGCUAGCCAUUUACAGAAAUACCGGUGGAGCAUGAGACGAACAAAGGAAACUGUCUUCGGCUCACAUUUGACAGGUGAAGAUCUUGUCUUUGGCUCUGCAAUGGGGACUGAGUUCUACACAAGAAUGAGAAGUGAUGUGAGAAACAUGAUGCAAUGGAGACACAAAUAUUGUUCGUCUUCUAAGAACUCCAACACCAACAAAUUUGUGGGAUACAGAUUCAAAGGUAACCAAAUUGACUAUGGUCCCAUCAACAAGAUCAACACAUUUGCAGAGUUCUCUACUACAGAGAGAUUACAAGAUCAAUCCAUGAACUACGUUCAACACCACCCAUUGUUGGAUCAGAACACUAGCUGCAUUAUGCAACAAUCUUCUCUGUUAGGGAGUUCUGCAUCAAGAAAUCAUUGCCAAGAACCAGACUUGCUCUCCUCGUAUGCCUUGGAAAUCGAGAGUCUGCUCCAAGGCCCUCCAACUCAACAACCACAGCAGAUCUCAGGAGACUCUUUGCUAGACCAGCUGGAAUCUUGGGGUUCCUCAGCAAAUGCAGUUCAUUUCCACGAUCCGACAACAGCCUCUCCAGUGCUUCAUCCUCCCAUUCAAGAUUUCUUUGAUGAUAGCUUUCAGCAGCAUUGUUCUCCUGUCACAACACCACCAUUGGCUGAGAUGUUCCGAAAUUUAGAUAUUUUUGACCGAAACACAUACGAUCAGAUUGAUAUACAAGAAUUUGAUGACACCUAUUUCAGUCAAGAUGAUUAUACAUAUAGCAACGUUACUAAUUAGGAACUUUGUUUAUCAAUACUUUGAUAUUUUUUACUUCUCUUGUUAUACCAGCAACAUA